GAUGCGCUUUUAUUAGAACACGCUGCAAAACUCGGGGCUCGUCAUGCAGCCGGCGCGGCAGCAAUGCAGUUCAGGUGACGAUGCUGCAGACAGUAAGGGAUUGGUGGCACAUGCUGUAGGGUGUCCGUCAGACCGAGAGGAGGCAGGCAGGGCAGACGUUUGCCAGGGAUGUCCAGGCAGAGAACUGUGCCUCAGUCAGAGUCGUGAGGACACCGACCAGAAGUUCAUCGACGUAAGAAUGAGAGCUGUCCGGAGAAAGAUAGUCGUUCUCUCUGGAAAAGGAGGUGUGGGGAAGUCUAGUAUUGCCAGUUGUCUGAGUAUGGCAUUGGCAAGCCUCUCAGCUAAGGUUGGAUUGGUGGAUCUGGACAUAUGCGGUCCCAGCAUCCCAAAACUGAUGUCAGUCGGUGGAGAUGUGGUGGUGAACGGUCCUUACGGAUGGGUCCCUCUCAGGUGUGGGAAAACACAAUAUGGCGGAGGAAAAGUUCAUGGUUUUGUGAAAAAUGAUUGAGAAGACAUGACAGAUUUGCUAUAUUAUAGUUCCGCCAUCCCCAUCAGCAAUAAUUUGCUUUGAAGCACAUUUGGUUCUGAAAUAGGUUUUUCGCUCUAGAACCUUGUUGCCAAUGUACCAAGAAAGCCCCCUCUGGCUCUCAGCCCUUUAGUAAUAGACACACACACACACACUCACACAUUCACACACACUCACACACACGCACACACACACACACAUGUGCACAGUUCCCCCCACGGAGGGGUGAAGGUAAUGUCCGUGGGGAAUCUCCUGGAGAAGAGGGACAGUGCUGUGGUCUGGAGGGGUCCCAGGAAGACUGCCAUGAUCAAGAGAUUCGUCAAGGACACCUUCUGGGGACGACUUGACUAUCUCAUCUUUGAUACUCCUCCCGGGACGUCAGAUGAGCAUCUGUCAGUUGUAAAGGUGCUCAUGAACGCCAGGCCAGAGGGUGCCAUACUGGUUACCACUCCACAAGAGGUUGCCCUGGCAACCAUGAGGAAGGAGGUGGAUUUUUGUCGCAAGAUGAACCUCAAGGUGAUGGGUGUGGUCGAGAACAUGAGCGGCUACCAGUGUCCUUGCUGCCAGGAGAACUGGCAGCUAUUCUCAGAGGACGGAGCCACCAGACUGACUGAGGAGUUUGGGUUUUCUCUACUGGGAACAGUUCCAUUGGACCCUGCUCUGGUGCAGUGCUGUGAGGAGGGAAGGAGCGUAUUCACAGACCAUCCUGAAUCACCAGCUGCUACUGCCAUCAUGAAGAUUGCCACCAACAUACACAACAACGUGACACACUUACAGCCCACAUAGCUUUCAAUAUUUAGGAAUCCCGUUUCACUAUGUUGUUUUAGAAAUUCAUGUUUCCUCGCGUAAUUUUGAGAAAAUGGUUAACGUGUGGGAUUUUGAGUGCAGAAACAACACUGGAAAAUCCUAUCACGUGCUAUACAUAAGUAUACAGCUGUGCUCUAUUAUUACAGGGUCAGAGUUGAAGUAUGUCGAUGAGAAUACAAUUAUGCAAAUAGUGCUGUGAUAUGAACUAUUUCCCAGCCGGGCCAGGUAAGGGUAAUGAAGGGGCGGAGCCUGGGGAUGGAGGCUCGUCCAGUGCAGCCACCAGGAACCUUACCACAACAACAGCACCAGCAAAGAACACAAGGUCACGUCCUAUACUCCUACAGAAAUUAAAAGAUUUUUGUAACUGGUCUCCCUUAUAAUCUGCACGUACUUGCCUUGUGACGUCAUUCUCGUAGAGCAUUUUUACUACCUCCCAAGCUCUGGCCAGCCCUCUUUUGGGUGGUUCGUCCUCUUGAGUUAUCUGUGACGUCGGAGGCUUCAUGCCUGCACGUAGAUUUCCCUGCAUCUCCCAAACCACCACGUGAUAAGUUCAAAGUUCGUCGGCGCAUGCGCAUCCCUUCUCUAAUUAAGCGUUUGGAUAUCUGGGAAAUUUUGAAAGGCGCGCCGAGGAUCUAGGAAAGGGUGUGGACCCGCAGAAAAAAGCGAAUCCCCCACAGCAGCACCGAGCUUCUGAUACGCCAGGCAAAUGACUGAUGCUCUUACUCUAAUCCAGCCGCUAUGCAAGAGAACAAGAGCCAGACGCUCAAGUAUGCCAGCCUCGUGGUGCUCACCGUGCAGAACGCGGUGCUCAUCGUCAGCAUGCGCUACUCCCGGACGCUCAGCGGGGACAUGUUCAUCACAACCACGGCAGUCUUCCUCUCUGAAUCCCUCAAGAUGGUCACGUGCCUCGUCAUCAUUUUCUACCAGCGGAAGAGCUUCUCCGCAUAUUCGCAGCAUCUGUACGAGUCUAUCGUCGUGAACUGGCAGGACACGCUCAAAAUGUCGGUCCCAGCCAUAGUCUAUGCCCUUCAGAACAACUUACAGUACGUGGCUGUUUCAAAUUUGGGGGCAGCGGUGUUUCAGGUUACGUACCAGAUGAAAAUUCUGACCACAGCACUCUUCUCCGUGCUGCUCCUUGGGAAGAAGCUAACAAUGCUACAGUGGUUGUCGCUGGUCACGCUGUUUUGUGGCGUCGCCGUGGUCCAACUCUCGAGCGAGGCGACGGAGAAAUCGUCGCAGGAGCAGCACCAGAUUAUCGGGUUGGUUGCCGUGAUUCUCUCCUGUCUCUCAUCCGGAUUUGCCGGUGUGUACUUUGAGAAGAUGCUCAAAGGGUCCAGUGCCUCCAUAUGGCUCCGCAACGUCCAACUUGGAAUGUUUGGGUCGCUCUCGGCACUUAUCGGGAUGUUCGUCAAAGAUUGUGGGGCCAUCCGAGCCAACGGGUUUUUCUUUGGCUACACACCUCUGGUAGUGACAGUUGUUAUACAGCAGGCAUUAGGCGGGCUGAUCGUGGCCGUGGUGGUGAAAUACGCAGACAACAUCCUGAAGGGUUUUGCGACUUCGCUAUCCAUCAUCAUCUCUUGCAUUGCAGCUGUCUUCCUGUUCAGUUUCCAGUUAACGCCCACCUUUGCACUAGGAGCGGUGAUUGUAAUGGUCGCCAUAUACCUCUAUGGAAUACUGCAGGCUCCGAAGCCUCCUAGUCCAGUUCUUCCUACUUCCGUCUCUCCGAAAAAAAACCUGACAUCUAUAUGAUUAUUAAUGAUUGGUUGAUUGUGUGUUGUAUUAAUUGUACAUGAAGGGUUGGCUAAACGUUAUACUGUUUUUUGCAGGUUAAAAACUGGUGUGUGUUGUAGUGAUAUUAUGUU